UUUUGAGAGGGUGUUAAUUAUAAAGGUCUUUCAAAACCUUGUUUAAAUAAAUGGAAAGAAACUAACCCAUUACAUUAACGAUGCUCUUUAAUAGAAUCUUGGGUACACAACUUGGAAUACUGGGAGAAAGAGACACUUGUUGGGUAUGGCCUCAUUAACUUCAAAAAGCUAUUUUCUUCCCUCACACUCGAUCUCUGUAAAUGGAUUUAGCUUGGGAAGUUUUCCAAUAAAAUUGCAUUCUUUUAUGGAGUUGUGAAUGUUAAAUUGUCUCCUGUGGUGAUGAGAGAGGGCCCCAGUUCUUGUUCAGUGGAUGACAAAGCUGCAGUGUGGGAGUGUGUUUGUGACAUCAAAAGAUACCGUAAAGAACAUCAAAUCCACCAUCUUGGCAACUAACAUAAAGCACAAAAAGUCCGGCAAACAUGCAUUAGCCCUCGGGACCAGUUUUGGACAUGUGCAUUCCUUUCUGAAGGAUGACCUUCACCUUCUGCAGAAGUUGGAGGAUGGUCAGGAUCAAUGUUUGAUGCUGACAAAGAAACCUAAAUCCUCCAUAAAGCAGAUGCUGAAGUCCCAAAGCUGGACAAAUCUAACAACUCCCUCAAACUCUAGUGUCUUUCACAAAACUGAUGAAGAGGACUUCCGGAAAAAGUUCAAAUCUAAGAUGAAGAAAAAGCCAUCAUCUGAAUAUCGCUUAGCUCCUGUUAGAGAUCUGUCACCUCAAAACAAUUCAUCUGAUGAUGGAGGAUUCCUAAGUCAUCCCCGUAACACAGUCAAUCGAUGGAGGAGAAUGGACGAUACAGCGUCUGACCUGUCUGUGUCCAGUGGCUAUAAAUCCUUGGACAGGAAAGAUCACAGUAGCAUUCUGAGAAGAUCUCAACCAAGAGAUGCACAGAAUAACUAUCAACAGCUUCGCAAGGAUGGAAGGCAGUACCAAAGUCACAAUGACAUCUACUUCCAGUCUCCCAAAAAAGUCGUCAACAUUCUGUCCGAGGAUGACAGCUGUACCAUAAAAAGUGAUGAAUUUUAUUCCGACACCAACACCCAAGCCAAUACGACUCUUACUUCAGAGCUUGAUGAAUCAAAGGAUCAAGAAACAGUAGCCAGGUCUCACAGCUUAGGAGACCUUUCUACUGGUUUGACUUUAUCAUUAGUGGGGCAGAGAAAAGCUGAGAGCAUUCAGAGUCUACCCUUAGCCUCCCAGAAAAAUCCCCCCAGGAAGUCUAGUUAUGCCAAGCGGAAAGCAGAGGUGAGAAGUCAAGCUAAACAUCCUAAAGGCAACAAAAAUAGGCAAAGCAUAGAGAGUCAGAUACAAAGUAUUAUUCAGGUUGGAGAUGAGAGUGAUGUUACGUCAACCACACCCGAGAUGAAUGGAACUCCAGCACAGCCCAUUAUCUGCAAAUCAAACAGUAAUUCACAACUGAUGAAAGAAAGUUCCCAAACAUCUCUGAAUAAUGUACAUCGAGCAUUAAAGGCUGACUUGCUUCCUGACAAACAUGGGAUAAGCAUGACAAAAUCUGAGAAAGAAGAAGACAAUUCUUCUGAUAAAAGCAACCAAUCAGCUAGGAGUACAGUCAAAACACCCAACAGACCUAGGCGAACUCUUCCAGUGGUGCCAAAAGGUUCUGAGGAAGUUGGAGAAAAGAAGAAGAAAUACAGUGAGAUGAUGAAGAUGAGGGUGUCUCUUCACAGCAGUAACAGCUGUAGUUCUUUAUCAAGACAGUCUCUCCUGUCUCCAGGAUCUGAAGGUGCAUCACAAAAUGACUCGCAGACAGACACACCAUCAGAUAGAGAAGUGUCCGAGCUUUUCAAUGGUCAUUCAGCAAAGCCCCAAAGACAGAACCAGUUUACAGAUUCAAACAUUCAUGAUGGCCAGAUGGUCAAUAGCAAUGGAAUACCUCUCAAUGGGAAUGUGCACUCCUCCUUACCUUCUGGGGUUAGAUCAUGUGAUUCUGGACAAACUACUCUAAGAUCAUGUGACUCAGGACAAGCCACACUGAUGUCUCUCAGCAGUACUGUAGAUUCAGGGUAUCUCACUACAGAUGCUGAGAGUGAUAUUUCUUCCUAUACCAGAAGCUUACAGAUAUCAGCUCACAAUUUCUAUUCCUCCAGCAAAUUAAAUGGCUAUGGACUUGGAGGUGUCCAAAAACAAGAGACUGAUAGGAGCUUUCUUAAUGCACAGCUGCAUCAAAAAUCACCAAAGCAACAAAUGGCCCCCAUGAGUAACAUGUACCCAAAUAAUAAUCCUGCAAGACAACCAUUAAAUCCAGUGGUUCAGAAUCCUAAUUCUCAAUCUCAGAUGAAUACUUCAUUUACUGCCCUGGUAAAAUCCCCAACAUCUGAAAGACAAGUGUUCAUCCCAAACAAUGUUCAUCAAGACAAAUCUCUCGAGGUUAUCCGAAGGAAUUCAACAUCAAAUUCUCAAAGUGAAAAAGCGCGAAAUUCAUAUUCACAACCAAAUGAAUUCAACUCUCCAGGAUUGAGACAAAAUGUUUCAAAAGAUUUAAAUUCAAAUGAGACUGGACAGAAAGUAAGGCCACUGUCUGCCCAAACCUCUGGCCUCAGAAUACAAGACAGCACGGUUUCUUCUACUCAACAACUGAUGGAAAAUUCUCAACAUUCCCAAAGUUCUGCCAUGCCAGCUUCUGCAGGACACUCUGUCCUAAAGAAGACAGAUCAUCAGUAUUUGAUGAAAUCAAUCUCAACUGAGAAAUCAGUCAGAAAAGAUCUGAUGGACAAUUUCUCUCCAGAAAAUUGCAUCUCCCAUUCCACUCCUACCUCAAAAGGGCUUUCCUACAGUAAUACUCUUCCAAGAUCUGCUAACCCUUACAAUCAAAAGGCACUCGGCAGUUCUUCUUCUGUCAAGCAAUUCUCCAGUCCUCAGCCUGUUAACUUCACAGGGAGUGGUGCUCUUAACUGUGAUACAAACCAAGUGAAAUCAAAAUAUACUUUGUCUUGCCAAGCUGACUCAGAGAAUCAAAUCCCUUUCAAUUCAAAUGUGAAAUAUUCCAUGGAAAGCUCAGGGCUGAAUAAUAAUAAUACAUAUGUGUCUACCUCAGCACCAGUGCCUGCUUCAAGUUAUGGUUUACAAAAUAAAUUAACAGCUAAAGUGUUUAACCAUGACUAUGUGAAUGUGCAAGGAAGGGAAAUAAGGCUAGGUGUGAACUAUGAUUCAGUGGAUCCAAAUUCUUCAGAUGGUUCCAAUAUAUAUGAGGAAUAUCACAAUGGUUGUCAAGAAUGCAUUAAGCAAGAAUUUCAAAGUCAGGGACCCCUUUUUCCUAGAAAUAAUAUACCUGAGACCGUUUUUGUUCCACAGAAUGUAGGAAUGAAAGUUCCCAGUUUGUUCCAAUUACUUCAAAGUUAUGACCUUCACCCCUUGUACAUAAAACUCUGUGAUAAUCUCCCAGCUUCAGACUUUAUUACAUUCUCCGAUUGCUCCAUUGCACUGCAGAGCAUGAAGCAGGACAAAAGAGAUGCCAUAGCAAUAUCUACUCCCCACGGUAAAUGUGCUACAAUAGGAGGUCCUGGAAGUGCCUUCACUCCAGUGAAGAAUGCCAUUGUCAGCACAUCUUCAACCUUCUCCAUGGUAACGGUUGCCAAUGUUACCACCCCUGCAGGCUGUGACUUUGCAGGGAUACAGAAAGGGGACAUCGUCAUUGAGGUUAAUGGUGCUACUACGAUGUCAGUUCCUGCCAUGUCACUGAAGGCGGCUAUCCAAUCACAGCCCGGGGAUAUCCGUCUGCUGGUUGCCAGGCCAAAGGAAGAGAAAGAGAGAGAAAUUGAAAUGCUGGAGAAGAAAAAUGAAGAAAUAGAUAACCUGAAAAAGCAGCUAGCCACCAUGUACAUGGACCUACAAAAGAAAAACAGUGCUCUGCAUGAGUUGACUUCUCAGAGAAAUAUGACAAUUAAAACCCGAAAACCAGAAAUUAAUGGAAACAUUAUGAGCCAUGAAGCCAUUUUAAAUGCUCUUAGUGAAGAUGAAUACAUUGUUUGAUUAAUAUUUGUUUGGAAAAUAUUUUUUUGUUUUAUUAUGACCUGAAUGUAUUUCACCAUUGAAGCAUUUUUCUAACAGGGCAAAUUUUGAAGAAUUAAAUCAGUUAAUUUAAUUGUAAAUUAUAUUAUAGUCACUCAUAACUGUAACAAUAGUCAUCAAUGUAAUAUUUAAUUAUUGUUAUUUUCCCUAGUGCAAUGAGAAGAGAUGUGCCGUGAGAAUGUUCAAUUUAUUGAGUGAAUCAUUUGUUAUCAUUGCUGAUAUAUAGAGAUCUGAUAAACUGUUAGGUUCCCUUUUGCAAUACUGGAAUCGUAUUAUUCUUGUGAGAAAUUUUGAGUUCAAAAUAAUAAAGGAAGAGAAGAUUU